AUGUUAUUAAAAGAGAGAGGCUAUUAUUGGAGCAAUGGCUCUUUUUAUUAUGGAUAAUGGUUUGAUAAUAAAAUAAAUGGAGUUGGUUUAUUCAUUAAUAUUGAUAAUAUAAUAAUAGGUCAAUUUAGUAAUGGACUUUUGUAAGGAUAUUGCUAACUAAUUUAUUCUAAUAAGUUUAAGUAUUGUAAAUAUGAGAAUGGUUAGCAAAUAGGAUUGAUAAAGUAUGAAUACUUUAAUGGAGAAAAAAUCUUAGACAAUAUUCAAACAUAAGAUUAAGAAGAAUUAGACAUUAUUAACAAAUUAAAUAAUUCUUAUUUUGUAAUAAUAUUAUAUAAACUAGUUAAUAUUGUUAAAAACAUAACUUAAGAAUUGGAAAUUAAUAGAUGAAACAUAAAUUUUCUUUAGCACUCUUAUAAAUUAAAAUGAAAAUAGAAGAAUUGGAGUAUUAUAUGAUAUUAAAUUAAAUAAAUUUGAAUAUGGUUACUUCUUAAACUAGAAAUUAGAUGGUAAGGGAGGAAUCAUUUUUGAGUCAGGAGACAAAUAUAUUGGAGAUUUAAAAAAUGGAUAAUUAAAUGGAAUUGGAAUAUUCUAUAAUAAGUCUGAAAAUCAGUAUACUUAGAGUCGGUUUAAUAAUAAUGAGAUUGUUGAAAUUAUUAAAUAAUCAAAGGAUCCAAUCUAAUUAAGAAAUUAAUGGCAUCAAAUAGCUUUGCCAGAAUUGAUAUGUAAAAAUCAAUUUUCACCAAUAAAGUAAAGUAAUUAUUAUUCUUCAAAAACUUUCAGUAAUAAAUUAUCAAAAUCAAUAAGUCCCAUGACACCAACAAUAUCAGUUAAAAAAUAAGCUAUGUAUUCACAGAUAAAAAAUUAUCCAAUCAUGGAAAAUAAAUUUGGGUCAAUUCAAAGUCAUUUUGGAAAAGAUGAUCUUAAAAUAAUAAAGCCUUAUAGGAGCAAAUAAAUAAAUAGUUAUAUUAAGCAUAUAAAGCAAAAUGCGAGGAUUGAUGAUUAAAGUAUGAAAUACUUGCACUAGCAACUAUUUGAUGAUGAAUAAAAUUAAUUUAUGUUAUUUCACUAUUGA